AUGGAUGACAAAUUCCGCCUGCUGCUGGUGUCGGUGUUGUUUGCGGUGGUGCUGCGGCAGCCCGCCCCGACGCGCGCCUGGCGCGCCGACGACCUGGACCUCGACCUGGACCACGACCACGACCUGGACCUGGACCACGACCUCGACCACGACCACGACGACCUGGACCUGGCCGACGCGGACUUCCUGCGCAAGGGCGGCAUCAAGCGCCUGCGGAUGCCCGCCCGCCCUCGCCCCGCGAGGGCGAGCGGCGCGGGCGACGGCGCUGGCGCGGGCGCUGGUGCGGGCGCUGGUGCGGGCGCUGGUGCGGGCGACGGCGCGGGCGACGGCAUCGAGGGCUGGGACGCGGACCUGGAGAAGAUGCUGCACGCCGAGUCGCCGUGGCUGCCGGGCGCCGACGGCAGGGAGAGCUACGAGGAGUUCUUGCGGCGCUUCUCGUCCGAGGCCCCCGGCGAGGAGCAGGACGACUGGGACUGA